AUGGGGACCUCCACAGCACCCGUGUUCCUCCCCGGCGCCUACCCGCACAUUGCGGACGAGGUUCUCUCCUACUGUAAACCCGCACAGCUAUACGACCUUCGCGCGACUUGUGGAUACCUGUACGACCUCGUGGACAAGUUUCUCGUCUCCAACAGACACAUUGACAUUAAGGAGGACUACAACCCCGAAACCGACCAGCUGUCCGUUGAAGUCUGGAGGCAUCGAUCCAAAAAUCUCAAGGCAUGCCGUCUCCCCGCUUUCUCUUCCUGCCAAACCAUCGACCAACGCUCCAAGCGUCUCCUCGAGCGGGUCCGCUUCAUCGACCUGGAUGGUGUCGAAGUGAACCCUUACAUCCAUCGCAUUCUCCAUCUGGUCAAGAAUGUUGAAGUCAUUCGACUGAGGCGCUCUCGCUCCAGUCGCAGCCCGCCCGACCUGUGGAGAAUCGUCCCCGUGGCCCCCAAGACAGUCGUGUCAUGUGCAAGAGUGUUGCCCGAGUUCACACACGCGGCAUCCCAGGCGGUUACCCGUAUUGUCCUCAACCGCAAUAUUGCGAAGGACGAAUCUUGGUCUUCGUGGUUUCCUAAAAUCCAGUUUCCGAACGUCAAAGAAGUAGUCAUUUUCCAAGACCCAAUGCAAUGGUGUCGACAUCCCCGCCUAUGGUCAAUCAGUCAAUCCAUGGAUCGACUCCACGGCCUCCACCAUUCCGACCUCGUGGCCAUUAUCUCGCAUGUCGCCAUCGACCGGGGCUUCACUACUGAGAUCAAGACCACCGUUGUAUUCGAUAAGGUAUACCACUCUGAAGGUCAAAUCACACCCGCCGAGGUGUUGAAGGACGCCAAGGCCAACAUCCAGGAAGAGUUGCCGUUGGCGCGGGAGAAGAACAUUGACAAGGCAUUGAGUAACGUCGAGUUCAUCUCCAGUUCCGAGUAUCGCGACCGCAUAGGAGCAGACCAGUUCACCUUGUUUAGUUUUAGCAGGCAUUUGUGA